ACAAAGUUUGGACAUUUACUUUAGGAGACGGUGUUGGAGCCCGGCUGCCCUAAUGUAGCUCUGCAGUUCACCUCUGCUGCCUGUGUUUGGACUGCUAGCUAACGUUUAACUCUGGAUCCUCAGCAGCUGCAGGCUCAACAACCUUCCAGGGAAGACUGGAGCGGUGGGAAACCGGCUGUUCCGACCGGCGGGAGGCCGGCUUUUCCAAACGUGUGGCGGGCAGGCUGUUCCACAGCGGCGGGAGGUCGGCUCUCUGUCCUUGUGGCAGACAGAAUCAUGCAGUGGGGAAAAGAGAGUUCGAUUUCCCGAAACAUGCCAAACACCUUCGCAGUAAGAAAGUACAUCCCGCGGAGGAUGAAGAGUCUGAACUUGCUCACCACCAAGUUUGUCCAUUUACUCCAAAAUGCUGACAACGGAGAGCUGGACCUCAGAGAUGCCGUCAGAAUUCUCAAUGUUGCACAGAAAAGGAGACUCUACGACAUCACAAAUGUGCUUCAGGGCAUCGGCCUGAUUGUGAAAAAAUCCAAGCGCAUCGUGAAGUGGGUGGGUUCUUUGCCAAUACAAAACGCACAGCAGUCAGACAAACUUGUGAAGUUAAAGUCGGAAGUUCAAGAACUGAAGCUCAUGGAGCAAGUAUUGGACCAACAGAGGGUGUGGGUUGAACAAAGCAUUGCAAACACAAGAGAAUAUUGCAGUGGUCUGACCUAUGUGAAUAAUGAGGAUAUCUGCAACAGUUUCAGCGGCCACACAGUUUUGGCUGUGCACGCUCCAGGUGGCACACAGCUAGACGUCCCCAUUCCCAAAGCUGUCCAGAACAGCUCCCCAGUCUACCAAGUCCACCUGAAAAGUGUCAGAGGACCCAUAGAUGUUGUAUUUAUGAACAAAGCCUGUAGUGGUUCUGUUCCUGUCAUACUUCCUGUUCCACCACCCGAAGAAAUUUUACAGCGUGCCAAGUUAGCCUUGUUAGCUUUGGAAGAGAAAGACAGCAGCUCUGGACCCUGUCAUACAUCAGCUGACGCCACACAAAGCUGUAAAUCUGAAUGGACGGCCACGAAGGACAGACAGCUUCAGCACCAGUCACCUUUAAGGAGUGCUGAGCCAAACAGAACUGCUCAAUCUGCAUUGCAAGACAUAUCAAAGGAACUCCAAGGCCAAUUAGAUAAACCCAAAGAUCUGUUGACACGAUUUUUUGCCUCUGACGUUCUUUCUCCACUCCUCCGUCUGUCUUCGUCCCCAUCUGAACAAUAUACCCGGAAUCUGGAUGAGAGUGAAGCUGUCUCCGACCUUUUUGAUGUCCCUGCGCUCAGCGUGUGAUCCAGUGUGUCAGUUCAUGAAUUUCUUCCAAAAUGUAUUUUGAUGUUUGUUUUAUAACUUAAUUAAAGAAUCGUUUGAAACGUGACCACUUCUUUUAAGUGUAUGACACAAAGCUGAAUUGGUUAUAAUCUCAAGAACAUUUUUUUUUUUUUUGUACUACUGAAGUUUAACAAUAUUUGAAGAGCUGAUUAAAUCAUUUAAAUUUU